AAGCAGCGCGCAUGGAUGCCGCCGAGAGCAAGCCAAAGCAGCGCGCAUGGAUGCCGCCGAGAGCAAGCCAAAGCAGCGCGCAUGGAUGCCGCCGAGAGCAAGCCAAAGCAGCGCGCAUGGAUGCCGCCGAGAGCAAGCCAAAGCAGCGCGCAUGGAUGCCGCCGAGAGCAAGCCAAAGCAGCGCGCAUGGACACCGCCCCGGCCCCGCUCGCGCCGCGCCGGGCCCCGCUGACCGCCCCCCGCCGACCGCCCCCCGCCGAGCGCCGCGCAGGGGCCGACCGCGCGGGCCAGCAGGUGACGCGGAUGGGCGCUCACCUGAGGCCAGGCUGGCUUCUUCCGGCGCGGAUCCGCCGCACCCGCAGCGGCAGGCCCAGCAGGCAGCUCAGGGCCGUGGACACUCUCAGAAUCUGCCCACCCUGCACGGAGAAAGGGCGCUCGUCAGGCGCUACGGCACUUCCCACCCAGCCGGCCGCUGCCGGCCCGCCCGUGACCGCUGCCCAGAGAGAGGUUUGCAUCCACCGGGUUAGAUCAUGCAGCGGCGUUGGCUUUAUAAAAUCAAAGUACGUGUGCGUGUUUGACAAAGCUGCCCUCAAGUUUAGUCAUCAACAGCGAUUGUUCAGAACAUCUGCUGUUUCAUGUGGCCAAGUUGUCCAGUUUAAGCUCUCUGACAUUGGAGAAGGGAUUACGGAGGUGACUGUGAAAGAAUGGUACAUAAAAGAAGGUGACAGUGUGUCUCAGUUUGACAGCAUCUGUGAAGUACAAAGCGAUAAAGCUUCCGUUACUAUUACUAGUCGUUACGAUGGCAUCAUUAGAAAACUCCAUUACAAUUUAGAUGAUAUUGCUUAUGUUGGAAAGCCUUUAGUGGACAUUGAAAUUGAUCCUUCAAAAGGUGUUGCCUCAGAGGAAGAUAUUGUUGAAACUCCUCCUAUGUCUCACGAAGAGCACACUCACCAGGAGAUAAAGGGUCACAAGACAUUAGCAACCCCUGCAGUUCGUCGUCUGGCCAUGGAGAACAAUAUUAAAUUGAGUGAAAUUGUUGGAACGGGGAAAGAUAACAGAAUCCUUAAAGAAGACAUACUCAAUUACUUGGCCAAACAAACAGGAGCUAUUUUACCUCCAUCACCAAAGGCUGAAAUUGCCCCUCCUUUGCCAAAAUCUCCGCCGGCUGCUCCAAAGGACAAAGCACGUAAAAUUCCAGUGCCUGUUUCCAGACCCCUUGUGUUUUCAGGAAAAGACAAAACUGAACCUGUCACAGGUUUUCAAAAGGCAAUGGUAAAGACUAUGAGUGCAGCCCUGAAGAUACCUCACUUUGGUUAUUGUGAUGAGAUUGAUUUGACUCAGCUUAUCCAGCUGCGAGAAGAGCUGAAACCUGUAGCAGAAAUCCGUGGAAUUAAGCUUUCCUUUAUGCCUUUCUUCAUAAAGGCAGCCUCUCUGGGAUUAUUGCAGUACCCUGUUCUUAAUGCUUCAUUGGAUGAAAGCUGUAAAAAUGUUACGUACAAGGCUUCGCACAACAUUGGAGUUGCUAUGGACACAGAGCAAGGUUUAAUUGUCCCAAACGUGAAAAAUGUUCAAGUCUGUAGUGUGUUUGAGAUUGCUGCUGAAUUAAAUCGCCUGCAGUCCUUAGGCUCUGCAGGCCAACUGGGAACAAAUGAUCUCACUGGGGGAACAUUCACCCUUUCGAAUGUUGGCACAAUUGGUGGCACUUAUGCCAAACCAGUGAUACUACCUCCUGAAGUAGCAAUUGGAGCACUUGGAAAGAUACAGGUUCUUCCUCGGUUUAACGCAAAAGGUGAAGUAUUUAAAGCACAGAUAAUGAAUGUGAGUUGGUCAGCUGAUCACCGCAUCAUUGACGGAGCUACCAUGGCCCGGUUUUCUAACUUGUGGAAAUCUUACUUGGAGAACCCUGCCUCGAUGCUGCUAGACCUUAAAUGAAGGAACCCGUGGCUAGAAUAUGCCUUUAAACUGUUUUGGUGAAUUAGACUGAAUGAUGAUGAAAGCUGGCUCUGCUAGCACCUGCCCUUUGCUACUCACAUUAUAUCUGUGGUUAAAGUUCUCAACAGCUGUUACCAGUCUAUCUCUUAGUUGUUACUUCUUCUAAUUAGUGCUGUAAUUCUACAGCAGGCUCUCCAGCCUAGUAGUCAUGGUGUGACUGCUGGGUAUGGUGGUGGAAUGUCUUUGUCUUUUAUAGCACAUACGGUUGUGAGGUUGGUGUGGCUAAGUAACACUGAUCUACAGCUGCAGCAUUUCUAAUCUGACUGACCUGUUUUGAAAGGGAAGUACUCAGAGUUCUUCCUCGUUGGACGCACACAUUUAUUUUAACAAUAUCCAAAAUCACCCAAAGAGGUUAUGCAAAGAUCAUAUACACAAAUAAAAUGCCUUUUAUGCUUCUGCUGUAAGAUGUCUGUUGUUAAACUGAGUAAACCUUUCAAAUCUUU